AUGUCCGUCACAGACCAAGUCCACCUCGACAACUUCCCCAACAUCUUCUCCCUCGAGGGCAAAGUAGCCGUCGUCACGGGUGGCUCUCGAGGUCUGGGGUUACACGCUGCUAGUGGUCUCCUGCAGUCCGGCUGCGCAAAAGUCUACAUCACAUCCCGAAAGGGCCAGGCGUGCGAUGAAGCUGUCGCGGCGCUCAAUGCGCUCCCCAACAAACGCCCCGGUGCAAAGGCCAUCUCGGUGCCGGCUGAUAACUCGCGGAUGGACGAGUUGGAUCGGUUGGUGAGUGAGGUGGGCAAGACGACGGAUCAUGUUGAUAUCCUCUUUGCCAAUGCCGGGGCGACGUGGGGGGAGAAGUUUGAGACGCAUCCCGAGAAGAUGUUUUCCAAGGUGAUGGAUUUGAAUGUUAAGAGUGUUUUUUAUCUGGUGCAAAAGUUUACCCCCCUUCUGACGGCCAGUGCGACUCUGGAGUCUCCCUCGAGGGUUAUCGUCACCGGUUCUGUUGCAGGUAUUGGCAUCGGUAGUCUCGGCGAAAAUGCGACAUUCAGCUAUUCUACUUCCAAAGCAGCGGUGAUUCAUCUCACCAAGAACCUCGCUGUCGAGCUGGGCCCCCGUCAUAUCCUCUGCAAUGCCGUGGCGCCUGGUUUUUACCCGUCCAAGAUGGCCAGCGGAUUGAUCGAGGCACAGGGUGGCACCAAAUUGCUCGAGGAGAGCUCUCCGAACGGGCGACUCGGAAGGCCCGAGGAUAUUGCUGGCUUGGUGGUCUUCCUGGCAAGUCGUGCCGCGAGUCAUUUGAACGGCGCGGUGAUUGUCUCGGAUGGAGGCAAUGUAUUGACAAGGAGCAGAUUGUAA